ACCGCCAUAUAAAGGAGAGAAGCUGGCCAAGGUGCUGAAAAUAUCUUAGCGCCGUGAGAACAGACAACAGGACGGCGUCUACGAAAACAAGACAGGAACAAUCCCUUCUUCUCAGUUGAAUGCAUCCGUACAACUGGUUCAUAGGGCUACAGUUUGAUAAAUAAACACUUGAAGCUAUACCGCGAAGGCAAGGAGAAUCAAAACAUAUCGGACUUCGCUGUUCCUCAAUGCGUCUGUGCCACAUCACUUUCUCCCCUAAACCCCUGAUCUGCAUGGUCAUGGUCCGGUGCCAAAUCACAUCAAGUGCCCAUACUUUUCUCCUGUUGGUUUUGCUCAGCCUCUCAUCAAAGCUCACCGACUGCAGCCCAAUAGACCCAGACAGGCAGGCCAUCAGUGCCCAUAAUGGGCCUCUCUCCUCAGCCCUCUCUCGGCCACCACUGGCUCCCGAACUGGGAGAGGACAAAAAGGGUCCGAAUAGGGAAGAGGAAGAGGAGGAUGACCUCUUUAAAGAUGUGGACCCCCAAACAUUAGCAGCUGUCCUCCUGGAGGCUCUCAACAAGCCCCAGGGGCCCCAGGGAGAGAGGGACAGCGAGGGAGCUGAGGACCUCGGGCGAGGGAGGAGCAUGGAGGAGGGGCUAGAGGUCAAGAGAGGGCAGGAGAGUAGCAAAGAGGAGGAGCGGGAGGAAGAGCAGCAGGGUGUGGAACGUGACAGAGAUGGCCGUGAGGAGCUGGAGCUAAUCAUGGCUGCCGCGGCGGCUCAAGGCAAGGAGGAGCGAGAGCGGGAGGAGGAGGAAGAGAGGAAGAAAGCUGCGGAGGAGGAAGAGCGCCUGACAGAGAAGGUGACGAGUCGCACCACCAGUCAGACGGUGCCUCUGAAGGCACGUCCAGCAGAGGAGGGGCAAAAAGAAGAGCCAAUCAAAUUUGGUGAAAGCCGGGAAGGAGAGGAGGAGGAGGAGCAGCUGAGUCCAGAGGAGGUGAAGAACCUGCAGAAUAUGUUGGAGGAGUUCCAGAGUUACAGCACUACCACAGAGAGCCAGAGUGCAGAGAAAACAGGCCAGAGAGAGAGUCGGGGACACUUUACUGACCCUGACAGUGACUACAGAGACAACAAUAUCAGGCCCAAGGGAUUCAGGGGCUACAAUAUGGGCCUCAAGAAGAAGCUCAAGUGGAAACAGCAGCAGCAGCUGGAGCAACCAAAGGCAAAGAAUCAGCCGGAGUACCGUGGUGGCAACUUCAUGGACGACUUUAACGACAACCUGUCUGAGCCCGCAGUGGAGGAAGAGGAGGAGGAAGAGGAGGAGGUGAUGAGUCCUGAGGAGGAAGAGGCUCGAGCCAAGGCUGAGCAGGAGGAGGUGCGGAGGCAGGCAGCAGAAGCACAGAGGGCCAAAGCUGAGGAGGAGAAGUUAGCUGAUAUCGCCUCAGACAUGUUGCUGCAGUACAUGAUGAAACAAGAUGGAAGGAAGUCUCCGGAUCAACGGAAGAAAAAUGUAUUGGGGAUGAACGCAGUGGAGGACAAGCGCUCCGACGAGGAGGAGGACAUGGACGAUGAUGAUGACAUUGACCCACAAACCAUUGACAAGCUGAUUGAGAUUUCUAGCAAGCUCCAUCUGCCUGCCGAUGAUGUGGUGGACAUUAUCAGUGAUGUUGAGAAGAAGAAGAAGAAAGAUGCCCCCGAGGCGUUCACAUGGCAGCGACCUCUCAUGUCACCCCCUGCUCCUGCUCCUGCGGCUCCAUCUUCUCAUUUCCCCACGCCGGUCCAACAGUCCCCGCUCCUCUCCAGCCCUUUCAAGUCCAGAUUCAAAGACAGAACCGCAAUUAAGCCUAACAAGCAAGACUUCUGGCUGAAACCACAGAAGCAGCCUUUUCGAGCCUAUCCCCCUUACCCCUUUUACCAAAAACCAUACCCCGGCUACUACCCCAUCUACUUCCCUCAACCCAAGCCUAAGCCUCGCUAUUACGCCAAGCCCUCCUAUGCCUUCAACAGCCUCCUGGGAAACUCCCUGGACUAUGGCUUUGACUUCCCCCCGAAGCGCAGGUACCGUCCCUGGGCCCAGCCAUGGCUCCGCUCACCACAGACCCUGCAACGGAAUCCUUACUUUCCCAACUACAUUGUGCCCAAUCCUCGGACAUUCACCACUGUGCCCAUGCCCAAGCCCCGCUCGCCUGCGCGUCAUCGCUCGGCUUUCUAUUACCCUCCCCCAGCGCCUCUAGUGACGCGCGGCCAAGACUACUACAGUCAGAGGAGGCCAUCAGAACAGGACAGCGAUGAAGAGCUGGAGAACUUCAUCGAAAAGGUCUUCCUGAAACGUCCCCGGAUGUUUCAGUGAAGAGAUCGGAGACGAGUGAAAGAGGAAAGAGGAGGAGAGGAGGAGAGAAAGAGGGCUGGUUAGGAGAUAAUCCGAGGAGUGAUGGAAAUGAGACUGGUUUCCCCACACAGACAGAUGCAGUUGUUUUUUCGUUUGUUUGUUUUUUAAAGCAGAAUUUUUGAAAUAUGACUCCCUUGUUAAUUUAAGCAUUUUGAUCUGGACAACAAACAACCUGUGUGGUGAGUAAAAUCUGUCACUCAAAUGUUUAAGCACUUUACCUCAUGUCUCCAUUCAGUGACAUUGCUGAUACCCGCAGUAGCCAUAUGUCCACCUCAUUGAAUGGUAUCCUCUACCUCUCUAUGUAGACAGAUGAGAAAGAUGGAAAGCUGCUGUCUUGUUGAAGAGGUGCAUACAGUACAAAAAAGGUACACAGCGAACAUGAACUGGCAUCUCCAUCAUCACGUCCCUGCUCUUGUGAGAGACUGAACAAAAAGAGCAUCACCCAGGCGACAUCCAUCAUUGGCUGUAUCUCCCAUCCAGGAGCUGCAUUUUCACAAAAUGGUACCCUGAUUUGUUCUGUAUACGACCAUGAAGCAAAUCUCUGCUAAGUAAGCCUUAUAUGUGUAUGUUGUUUUGAUUUGUCUUUUUUGGCCAGUGACAUUAAAAGUAAACCCUGUGCUAUUAAGUCUUUAAUAGCAGAGGGUUGCUUCUUUCAUCUAAAAGUUAGGCAAUUAUGAUUUUUUUUUUCAAUCCUGCAAAAAGAAUACUUGAGUUUAAAACACAAACACUUUAUUUUGUUAUGAUAAAGUGAACAGGUUCAUGCCUGAUUAAGGUGCCAUAAUGUGGGAACUUGAGUAGGUUGAAUAUGGAUCUUAACUCAGUUUUGUUCAGCAGUUCUUGAAACGGCAAGUAUACUGCUAGUCACUGACAUUACGUCACACAUACACUCACACCCACUCUUGUACAUAGGGUUGAACUUUUUUAUUGCUUUGUCUGAGUAGUUUUAUUGAUUUAAUAUUUUCCUAUAAAUUUUUAAGUUGUUUAUAAAAUUAAAAAAAAUGUAAAAUAAUAUACUGCAAAUGACAUUCAUACAUUCCAAAACCUUUAUAAAAAUGAAGUUGUGUUUGAGUACUAGACAAGUUUUAUUGCCUUACCAUAUCACUCUUCCCCCUUUAGAAGGAUUUGCAUCUCUGUCAUCAUGUGCUGAGACGCACUGGUCACGUAGAUGAUGAGCUGAAAUAGACAGGAUGAAGUCGUCCCAAUGACAUGUUGUCUAUGUGUCGCCGUGUUUCCACUCAAAUGCAAAAAUGUGCUGGCUAUACAGAAUAACAUCAUGGCUAUUAUUUGGUUGUAUGUCAUCACAAAAUGUUUUCAUACAACAGCUUUGCCAAGUAAAGAUAAAUGCAAAGCAAAUAAAUCCCAAGACAUAGUUUCAAAUAUAAGUUUUUCAAAUUGGUAAUAUUUUCAGAGAGAAACAGUAGUUCCACCACAAGUGGCUUGUUGCUAUGCAACAAAGUAACAAUCUGAACAAAGACACAAACAUCAGAAGCAUAAGCCUCUAAGCUAAGUUAAUCAGUGCAAUGAAAAAUGCAAAAAAGAUUAAAGAAAUGCUCUGUUAUUCAGUAUAACAGAACAAAUUGAAUAUUUUUCAAGCAGAUAGUUUUAGUGGCCAAACCAAACUGUUGUAUACAUGGUUAUAUCUUAAAUAUUCUCCUGGUUUGCCAAACAAGAUACAUUCCAAGACUUGCAAGCAUUCCAGGGAUUGUGAAAAAAACUCAAAGAUGGUCAAAACUAGAAAAUUUGACAGCUAAAUCACAAGGCUCAAUUCAAAAGAUACCUCACCCUCAUCUCAUACUUUGCCUAUAAGUAUGCUUAACACUGGUAGAGUUCUGCUGUCACCAGUUUCUCUAGAUUAGUUAGGAUAUAUCUGAGCCUGUGAGAUUCACGAGAGGAAUGCAUACUUAGAAAAUGCAUGAUGACACCGGAAAUUUUGCUAGUUCAAAUGUAUAUUUGACCCCAAAUAUUAACAUUUAAGUUUCUGUGAGGUGUGUCUUUCUCAUAUUCAUAGUCAACAAACCAAUAGACUAAAUAGUGGUCACUACAUAUUGUGUGUCCAAUCAAACAGCAGCAUUGACAAUCCCACUCUAUUCAAUGCUUAGCAAUGAUGUCAUCUUAUAGAACACACAGUAUGGAAAAGAUUUGAGUCACUGAACAAAUUCAACAAACUCAUUUGGCAUUUUUUGAAUCCAGACCAUGGGGGGGGGGACUCUUAAUACCCCCAUCUCAACUGAAAAGUGUCUAAGGUGAUUGAUUCCUUAUCAACAAAGUAACAGAGCAUCAGAAAGUAGGAAAGGGGGAAAGUGGGGACAUUGAGUUUUAAUUAUUUUUAAAAGAUUCUUUUGAAACUAAAGGGAAAGGCAGACCGAGGUAAAGGGAGAGAGAACGGGAUGAAAGCAUGACUUGAAGCAGAAAAAAGAAGUGUCUGCACGUUUAUGUGUACUUGCAUCUAAAACAAAAAAUGUGUCGCUUCGUUGAAGACAUUAUGAGCAUUGCAAAAAAAGUAUAAAAAAAUAAGACAAUGACUAGCGUACCUGAGUAAAACCUGUCAAGUCUUGUAUGAGGAAACUCAUGUUGUUUAUGUCGUUUCUAGAUGUAUCUUGUACUUAUUGUAAUAAACAUGCGUUUGCUGGAUGUAAAUAACCGCAUGUUGAUGACUAGUUUUGCUACACAGAGAAAAAUAAAUAAAAUUGACUAUUUUUUAUUAA